CCAAUUGGUACGUGGCUGAAAAUUGCUUCUUCCCUAACCAACUGCGCGCUUUCUCUCUCAUCACCCAAUACACACACCGCCAUAUAUAUGAUUUCUUUCUCUCUCUCUCUCUCUCCCGUCACCUUUCUGCAGAUGGCCUGACAGCGCCAAAACCCAUUGCAUAAUCUUCUCAUUCUCACCCCCUUUCUCUUUCCCUCUUCAUCAUUCAUUUUUCAUAUGCAAUUUCUUGCUUCUUUCACACAGACACGGAUAUCUCUCAUUUCUUGUGUGUAUAUAUAUACAACUCAGAGAUAGUUGCUAAAUUUAGUGGUAAUAUUAAUUUAAUUCCUAAUGGGAAGAGUUAAACUCCAGAUCAAGAAAAUCGAGAACACAACAAACAGGCAGGUCACUUUCUCCAAGAGAAGAAAUGGACUCAUCAAGAAAGCUUAUGAGCUUUCUGUUCUUUGCGAUGUCGAUGUUGCUCUCAUCAUGUUCUCCCCUUCUGGCAGAGUUAGCAUCUUCUCCGGAAACAGAAGCAUCGAAGAGGUCAUGGCGCGAUUUGUUAAUCUUCCCGAGCAUGAGAGAGGAAGGCUACAUAACCAGGAGUACCUAGAAAGGGCCCUCGGAAAGUUGAAAUCUGAAGCGGAUCGGACAUACAAUCAAGCUGCUACAAGCCCAGCUAGCAAUAGCAUUAUUCAUACUCAGGUUGAGGAAAUGCAGCAAGAAUUAAUCAGAUACAGGUGCCAGCUUGAAGAUGCAGAGAAAAAAUUGAGGAUUUAUGAAGGCGAGAUUUCGACAUUGGGUGAGGCUGAGUAUAGAGAACAAGUUCUUGAAGAAAAUCUGAAGCACAUUAGGCUGCGAAAGCAUGUUCUGCAGGACCAGCACAGCUCCCCUGGCGCCCAAACUUCACAGGUGAUGAGUUAUGCCUCACACACUACAGAUAUGAAUGUUUUGGGUGCAAGAAAUCCAGACAAUGUAUUGGAUUGGCUUCCACAGAGGGAUCCACAAGUUCAAAUCCUCAAUUUCUUGGACUCCAAUGGCUUACUCCCUAUGAGGGAUCAGCCUCAACGGAUGGAGAGCAUCCUCCCGCAGUCGCUGACUCUCGUGCAUGCUCCAAGCGUGCACGUUUACAACCACUUGAGCCCGAGCAGGAGCAUCGAAGACGACGUGCAGAGGUCUGAAUUCGGACCGGCUAUUGAUGUUAACCUGUCCCCGUGGGCUGAAUUGUACCCUACAGGAAAUGAUCCUUUUCCGACGGCGCAGCCGAGAGAACGAGCUCUUCUUGAACUGUAUCUAUCACAGCUUACACCAGUCAAUCAAGAUCAUAUUUGAUGAGAUUCCUACAUUAAUAUUCAAACAAUCCUAAUAAGAUCUCUUCUCACUCUCUUAGUUACUGCUACAUUUGUUGUAUAACUUUUCUUUAUAGAUGUUACAUAAUGCCAGUUCAAACAAUUUCAUGUUUCCUUCCA